AUGGAAGCGCUGCUCUCCCUCUCCUUCGACAACAUCAGCUCCAAAGACAGUGGGAAGAUCCGCAAGGGCCUACGGCAAAUAGAGGGCCUGCUGGCAGAAAUAUGUCUCUCGAAGCCCGUACACUCCUCGUCGCCGAAGAAACAUGGACGGCGCGCAUCUGCCAUAUCAACAUCGCAUAGCCCGUCGAGUCCGAAGAAGUUGGGUGUGAUGGUUGAGGACCUGGCAUUUAGGGAGUUCUUUAGGUUGCAAGAGGGAUUUGAGUGGAAUGUCGCGUUACGAUUAGUACUAUGUCUGGAGCGGUUGCUCGGCAUGGGCAGUAGCGGUCAGAACGACCUUCUCAUCCUCUCAGCGCUCGACCUCUUACAAGGAAUACUUCUUCUCCACCCGCCCUCGCGUUCCCUCUUCGGACGGGAGAUCUACAUGAACCUCCUCCUCGACCUCCUCGACCCCUCCACAAACCCCCCCGCAAUUCAAUCCGCCGCCCUGCUAACCCUCGUAACCUCCCUACUCUCCCACCCAAGUAACACGCGCACCUUCGAAGCCAUCGAUGGCCUGCUCACCGUAACAUCGCUCUUCAAAUCGCGCAGCACAUCCCAGUCUGUGAAGCUCAAGGUGCUGGAAUUCCUGUACUUCUACCUGAUGCCUGAGGCGGCGCCGUCAGGAGGGGAAUUCGGCGGGACCAGUAGUAGUGCACCGAAUACGGGCGUGCAGAGGAGUCCGAGUAAGAGGAUGAGAUCUGUGGGGGAGGGAGCUGGCGAUGGGGAUGGGGGUGGGGGUGGUGAGGAUAUGAGGACGACGGAGGAGAAGAUGAGGUUGUUGGGGAAGUAUUUGAGUAAUGUUGGGGAGUUGGUGCAGGAUUUGAGGGAGGGGGCUGCGUUUGGUGGUGUGGUGUGUUAA